AGCCCAUGUGUUGGAAAACCUUUAAGUAAACAGUUUCUGUGGAUAUAAAGCAGAAGUGGGGAAUUAGAUUUUCAUACUAUGGAUUACAAAAUUAUACCUUCAAAAAUGAAACAGUAUAUAUUUUAAACUGAGAAAGUAAAUGAUAUAAGUACAAAAUAAAAAUGGAUACAGUAUCAAAUCAUGAACAAAACUGCUUCAGAAGAAACAAACUUAGUUCUCACUAGAUAAUCUCACAGAAACACUUCAAAACAGGAAUAUUUGGAGAAAAAAUUUAACUGAAAGUUUUUUAAAUAACUGACAAUUAUAAAAAUAUGAAAACAGUUAAGAAGAAACAGAAAUCUGAAAAAUGCUGAAAGAUGUUUUUGGAACAGAAAUAAUAAUAUAAUGUUUAAUGUGUGAACUUUAUAAAGUACCACAGACCUUGUUGACAAAAAAGUUAAAAGGAAGAAUUACCAAUACACAUUUUAAAUAUAAUAAUUUCAUUAUUCAAAUCUUGUUCGACAUUCUUUAAAACAAAAUUAGAAUAAGUGAAACUGUUGCGAGUCUAUCAGACAAACAAAAAUUAAAUUUUUAGACGGACUUAUUUCAAAACCAGCCUGUCAAGUACUGUUUAAAUCUCUCUUAGUACAAAACACAUUUCUGGUACCAAUAGAACCAGAAACUGCUUAACUGAAUGCGAGACCUUCAAAAGUGGGUUUCUGAUACAAAAAGAGUCUAAAGUCUCUGAUCUGAUGUUUAAAUAAAAAAAGGAUCAGCAAUUUUUUGAUGGCAAACAUCCACAGUGAUUCUACUAUGUAUACUAGGGGAAUCAAGUUUCGAAAAUGGAGAGGAUCAGCUACGAAAGAAAACAUUUCAGGAAAAGAUCUAUCACCAGGAUGAAACUACUGACAUUCGAUGACUCUAAUUUAGUAAACGUUCAAAAAAAAUGUAAGCGGUUUCAUAAGGAGACUCCGUGGUUAAGAAACUGAAACACUCAUCAGCAGGUCAACUAGUAUGGAACUAGUAGGACACUGAAAUUGCACAUCAGCCAUAUUAUUUAAAAAGUCUAAAAUAUUAAUAAAUCGGACUCGUCAACAUAACAAUUUGCUCCACUGUUUAUGUCAGUACUUCAGAUUUUACAUUUUGAAAGUCUGAAAUUACAUAUCUUUAAACAGAUCAAUAAAUAUAUCAAAGGUUUAAAUCGAUGGAUCUUUGAACAUGUGCCAAAACUUAUUGACAUUUAAAGUUUAUGGGAAACCGGAAACGUAUGAAGAAUGUGCAUGCGCAAAGUGAGACGGAAGUAAAGAAACUGAGUCAAUUUGACCUGCUUAAAUUGUGUAGAAUUUCAGAAGUGAAAGAAGCUAUCUGUGAAAGAAAUAUUAAGACAGCUAAGCAGUGGUUGUGAAUGCAACAUGCAGCAAUACUAUUGUCUUAUCUGUGGAAGGUUGUUGAAGAGACCAGUGCAGACCAAAAAUGGUCACAGAUUUUGUAAAGGGUGUUUUUUCAAAAGAAGGACUGGCAGACAGCGAUGUAUUCUAUGUGUUGAAGAUGAAGUGCCUGAAGAACAAGACUGUUUCAAUCUGGGAAUAGAGUUCAUAUAUGGUGACAAGGCUGUAGUGUACGAUAUCUACAAACUGGAGGCACAGUGCAGGGAGUGCGGCUGUGUAGCAAACUACAGAGAAAUUAUGAAGAACCAUAUCAAAAACCCAUGCCAAGGAAGGAAUUGCUCAUAUAUUUAUCAGAUAUUCAACAAGCUGACCAGCAUGAUAUUAAACCUACAGUGUUCCAUCUGCAGUCCACCUCAUGACAGAAACAUUCAGUAAAAUUUUGGAUUAACCAGGAUUACACAAUUUUCUUGUACAGAGACCAAAUGUUUU